AUGACUUCCUUACACGGACCAUCCCAAUUCCGUCCAAGGCAAGCUUAUACCGACCCACUUCUCUCUCCUCCUCCUCCUCCUCCUCCUCCUCCCGGCCCAGCCCCAUCAUCGCCUUUCCCCGCUACUCCAUCAUACAAAGCCCGUCCUGUUGGCCCACGCUACUCCCAGUCUCGCGGUAAACCUCAUCCUCCAGGAGGGAUCAAGUUGCAUAAGGGAGAGUGGAAGUUGCUCCUUCUGGUGUGUGCGGUUGCGGUGGUAGUGAGGUUCUGGAAACUGGGAUGGCCGGAUAGCGUCGUAUUCGACGAAGUCCAUUUUGGAAAGUUCGCUAGCAAGUACAUCAAGAGCCAGUACUAUGUUGACGUUCACCCUCCGCUUGCAAAGCUGCUCAUCACUCUUGCCGCCUUCGUAAGCGGCUACGACGGGAACUUCGACUUCAAAGAUAUCGGAAAAUUGUACGAACACGUCCCGUAUGUCGCUAUGCGCUCUUUGCCAGCGACACUCGGCGUUCUGCUCGUACCCAUCACCUACCUCACCCUGCGCGGCCUAGACUGCCGCGCCGACACAGCGCUCCUCGGCUCCUUGUUCAUAACCUUCGAGAACGGGCUUAUCACCCAAUCCCGUCUAAUCCUCCUCGACUCUCCCCUCCUGUUCUUCACCGCUCUGACGAUCUUCUUCUGGGUCGGGUUCGCCAACGAGAACCGCGCCGCGCCAUUCACGCACUCAUGGUGGGUCUGGCUCACCUGCGUCGGGCUAAGCCUAGGCGCAGUCGUGAGCUGCAAAUGGGUAGGCCUCUUCACGAUUGCCACCAUCGGUCUGUGCACUAUCCGCCAGCUCUGGGUCCUCCUCGGCGACACCCGCGUCUCCAUCGCCCUCUGGAUCCGGCACUUCCUCGCUCGCGCCCUAUGCCUCAUUGCCGUGCCAGCAACGUUCUACAUGGCCAUGUUCGAGCUGCAUUUCCUGAUCCUGAGCAACUCAGGCGACGGCGACGGAUUCAUGAGCGCCGAGUUCCAGCACACCCUCAACGGGAAGAAGAUGGCGGAUACGUAUGCGGAUGUAGGCGUAGGGAGCAAGAUCGUCAUGCGGCACUGGAAUACCAACGGAGGGUACCUGCACUCGCAUGAUCAUUCCUACCCCGGGGGGUCCAAGCAACAACAAAUCACCCUCUAUCCGCACCUGGAUGUGAACAACGACUGGCGUAUCCUUAACGCCACUUGGGACAACAACAGCCCCGGGUACAACUGGGAGACGGAGCCCUUCCGCGCCCUCGCAGACGGGGACAUGAUCAAGCUGCAACAUAUUGCUACCUCCAAAAUGCUGCACUCGCACGACAUCCGUCCCCCCGUAUCCGAAGUGGAUUUCCAGAACGAAGUUUCUGGGUACGGAUUCACCGGUUUCUUGGGCGACGCGAAUGAUUACUGGAUCGUGGAGAUCGCCGAAGGGGACAGGCAUGAUCGCGCGAGCUCGAAACGCGUUCGCACGCUGAGGACACUUUUCAAGCUUAAGCAUGCGCUUACCGGAUGCUAUCUUUUCAGUCAUAAGGUCAAACUACCCGACUGGGGGUACGAGCAGCAGGAAGUGACGUGUAACAAGAAUGCGGUCAGGGCGAACAGCCUCUGGUUCAUAGAGUGGAACGAGCAUGAUAAGUUGCCGGCCACAUCACCAAAGGUCAACUACCGCAAGCCUGGAUUCUUGAGCAAGUUCUUGGAGCUGCAGCAGGUCAUGUGGACUACGAACGCCGGCUUGACUGAACGGCAUGCAUUUGACUCCAGGCCCAACACCUGGCCCAUUCUCCGGCGGGGAAUUAACUUCUGGGUGAAAGACCAUCGUCAAAUCUACCUGCUGGGCAAUCCUGUCGUCUGGUACCUCUCCACCCUCGCCGUCGCUCUUUACUUCUUCGCCCGCGGCGUGCUCAUCCUCCGCGCGAAACGCGGCUACAAAGACUUCAACAACUCUGGCCUGGUGUUCUACGACAACCUGUGCUCUUUCCUCGUCCUCGGGUGGGGGCUACACUACGCUCCGUUCUUCCUCAUGGCCCGCCAGCUGUUUUUGCACCAUUAUUUCCCUGCCCUGUGGUUUGCAGUGCUCCUCAGCGCAGCGGUGUACGAUAUGGCCACGGCUAAGCUCAAGCCUAGGUACAGGGUGCAGGUCGCCCUUGUUCUUGUUGGCCUGGCCGUGUGGACAUACUCGCACUUCAAUCCCCUCGUAUAUGGAGGUGUGUGGACACGAGGCAAAUGCGAGAGCUCAAAGUGGCUCAAGACGUGGGACUUUGCCUGCGGGGACUUUUACCCUAACGUGAGCCUAUACCAGCCAAGUGCACGUGCACGUAGACAAUGCUGA